UGAAGAAACACGGCCGCUCACUUCGUAGGCUACACUCAAGCGGAGAUCUCUUGAGUGUACAGACAGACGUUCCGGUUAGGUGUUGUAAACACAGGACUUGUAAAGGGCUUUUCUAUUUAUGUUCUCAAAAGGAUGGAGCCGAGACUCUUCGAUACUGCCUAUCACAGUGUUUUAUUUCGCUGCCUCGUGUUAUGUGUCGUCGUUGGUAUGUACCCAGCUGCUACUAUAGAAGUGUAUACCAAGCCAGAAGUGUUUGUAGAAAACGGAACGACUGGGACACUUAAGUGUACUUUCAAAUCCACUGAGGUGAUCAGUAGUCAAGCAUCGGUGUCCUGGUCCUUCAUCCCAGAGGGGUCCCCAGAAUCUACUGGUGUAGCUAUCUUCUACUACUCGGGUGGGAAAGCUUUCCCAGACAACCCUCAGUUCAAGGCCCGUGUAGAAUGGGCAGGGGACCUGAACCACAAGGAUGGCUCUAUCCGGGUCACUCGAAUGAAUUUCAUGGACAAUGGAACGUACUCCUGUGAUGUGAAGAACCCUCCCGAUAUAAGUGGCAAACCUUCACUGACUAAACUCAGGGUUGUAAUGAAAGAAGCUCUCCCUCCGACGAGCCCAGCAGUGAUUGUGGGUGCAGUCAUCGGUGCCAUCAUUGGAGUCGUCAUCAUCGCUGUUGUUGCGUACCUUUUACUAAGAUUAAUGCAGCCCCCCCGUGACUACGAAGGCUGCACCUCCCUAGAGAGUGUAAGCACGCGAGCGGCUCGGCCGGGGAAGAAAGCCGAGUCCAGCACGGAGGGCUCACGCUGUAGCAGCCCCUCUGCCCCGGUACAGGGCCCGGUGAUAUAUGCCCAGCUGGAUCAUUCUGGCAGCAAGAAUCUGAACUCCUUUCACAAGAUGGAGCCUGUGGUGUACGCUGACAUCCGAAAGAACUAGAGCGAGCACAGAAAGUGUAGCGCCCCAUUUUCUGCUCCAAAACUCUGUUUUGAAAUGGUUUUUAUAGGUCUUUAUGAAUGAGCAACAGUGUCACAUGUUAACCGCAUCACAUAUAUGCAGAGGCUUCAAAAUAACUUCGCAUAGCAUAACUGCAAACUAAUACCAGAGAAUGGAUUAUUUAUAUAUAUAUAUAUAUAUAUAUAU